AUGGCCGCAGAUGGGUUGUCAGCUCGUGUGCUGCCCACCAUCGACCCCUCGGAGGGGCAUAAGUUCCUCGAACCCAGCAAGAGGAUUAACGAGACGGAUGAUGUCUCCGAGUUUUUAUGCUCCAAAGCUUAUGUGGAUAUUAUGACAUUCCUUUUGCAACUGAACCGAUCAAUGUUCCCCGCUAAGUUACCGGAUGGACGGGUACAGACGUGGCCUUUGAACGCCGAAGGUGUCGAGUUCUCUGCCCCUGUCCGCCAGCUGCAACAGCUCUUGUCGAAGAUCGAAGAUUUGUUGGAUGCUACGCCUCUGAUGCCCGGCGAGUGGCGGUAUGCAAACGGUGCGUUCCAAGUUUGGCAUGACAAAGUGAAAAAAGAGACCCCGAGUCUUCUGGCAGAGUGUCUGCCGGCGGAAAUUCUGCACGCCCGGUCGUCGGACCCAGACGGCCCAACAGCAGAGGUGGAGCUGACGGAAUACUUCCUCGGGAGCUGGGGCAGUCGUGAGCGAAUGGAUUAUGGAACUGGACACGAACUAAGCUUUCUAACAUUUCUCGGAGCGAUCUGGAAACUGAAUGGAUUUCCAAAGAAUAUUCCCGGAGUGGAGGAGAGAACAAUUGUUCUGGGAGUAAUAGAACCGUACCUGGAACUUAUACGGGCCAUCAUCAAAAAGUUCAAGUUGGAACCCGCUGGCUCUCAUGGCGUCUGGGGUCUGGAUGAUCAUUCUUUCAUUCCUUACAUUUUUGGCUCAGCACAGCUGGGUCCAGCUAUAUCAGACUCGGACCUAGUGCCGGAGACGGGCUCUCUACCAGAUGCAGUAAACCCUGACGGUGUCACGAAAGCGAAUAUUGUAGAGAAAGAACGGAGCGUCAACAUGUAUUUCUCCGCCAUCGGCUUUAUAUAUGAUGUGAAGAAAGGACCAUUCUGGGAGCACAGCCAAAUGCUAUAUAAUAUCUCCGGUGUCCCGGCUGGCUGGGCCAAGAUCAACAAGGGUAUGAUCAAAAUGUACAACGCCGAAGUGCUUUCCAAGUUCCCGGUUGUCCAACACUUCCGCUUUGGCUCCCUGUUCAGUUGGGACCGUGACCCCAGCGCUAUUCCUCCACCGCCCAGAAUUCAUACCUCAUCCGGACCAGAAACUCGGCCACGACAGGCACCUCCAACUGCACGACAAGACCCGGGCCCGGGAACGAAAGCUCCUUGGGCUACCGCAUCUCAGAGUGUUCCACCGCCAUCAACCGGAACUGCGGCGCCGUGGGCGACUGCAAGAGCUGGCGGAGGUUCAUCUGCUACGUCCAGAAUACCAUCAGCACUUCCCGAUACCCCCAGACUUCCUCCAGGUCCUAUGGCUCCUACUAGAGCUCCCUGGGUGAGUUCGCAACCAGCUGGGCAGGCCCCUACUGGUGAUGCCAAUGAUAUUACUACAAAAGCUCCUUGGGCAAGAUAG